AACCAUGUCUGUACUUCAAGGCUUUGCCUCGACAAAGCUCUCAGCAGGGUGACUUGCAGCUAACAUUUCAAUUGCGGAAGAAACCGCAAUGUUGCUAACAGCGUCUUCAUUUCAGGUGGAACAACAAAGGAGCAACUUCAAUCUGUGCUCGGGUAGAUAUUACUCCCACAUUAAAAGAGAGAACCUUAACAAUCAAAGUCCAGUUUUUGAAAUGAGCUUCAAAGACUUCUUCAAAUCAUUCAAGGCCAUGAGUUUUUACUUUUGUUUCAUACUGGAGAGGGCGUGAACAUUUAAACAGCAUCAAAUAACAAGGCCAGUGCUGCUAUUCAAAGAGUCUGGUUGUCCAUUGCUGCUGCAAUGCAGCCAAAUCAGAUGAAAUGGACCAUUUACCGCAGGUGGUGAGAUGUUAGAGGAUGUUACUGAUUUAUGACUCCCAGGGAUCAGAAUGGGUUAAAACCACUAGAGACAGUAGCUAUGUGUUUUUAUGUGUUUAACUGCAUUUUAUCUAAAAAAAAAAUGUUUUUUCCAAACGUUUGCGAAUUUCUUUUAUCAUAGGAUUAUUAAAGGAUAACUUUUAGAAGUUGGCAGAUGCAGCCUGCAGCUCUAUGCGUUUGCUUUUCGUGUGAUUGUCCAUCACAAGCCAAUAAAACCGUUCCGUUGGUUCUGAAUGAAGGUAAGAUCGGUUGUGCUGCCUUGAUUCCUUCGCAGCUGAACGCGCACCUCCCCUCUGUCCUCUCUCCUCUCCCCUCUGUCCUCUCUCCUCUCCCCUCACUCCUCUCUCCUCUCGGUUCCGCGCGCCGCGCCGCGCGCAAGGGGAGCUCCGUCAGAUGGACAUUCCGGGAAGUCUCCUGUAUUUCCAUCCGGCGUUUGUCAGCAUGAAGCCCGUCCGUCCUGCGGACACAGAGUCGCGUUUAUUCCCCCCGCGGUUCCGCGCGGACGCCCCGUCAGGUGGAUUUCAUCGCCCUGAUUGGUGUUCAUCGUGGUUUGUGGAUUGAACUCGACUCCAACGAGGCCUCGCUGAAGACUGGGGAGCGUGUAAGAAAUGAAGACAAAUGACAACAUGGAGACGUAAAACCAUGAUGAACAGAUCGGACGCUUGACCAUUAUUUGUAGUCCACAUGCCUACACUGCUUCUACGUCAGUAUGUCACUACCACACCGCAAACACGGAAGCAAGGAGCACACUUACAGCCGCCACUGGUUGCCGUUGUCCACAAGCUGCGGGAAAACGCCUGAAAGGACAUUGUUUGACUUCAGAUUAUGGGUAACUAACCUGCGCAGCGUCUCCAAGGGGAAAGUGGUCAGCUUCCUGAUGGGCUUGACUCUGAUGUUCCUCAUCAUGGCUUCCCACAUCCUGACGUGGGACAGGAAGGGGCUCUUUCUCACCUCCCCACCCUAUCAGCGUGUCAGAGCCGGGGCCGUCCCGAACAGCACAGGAGCAGCUGAAGAUUUGUGGGAAAAUGUUCGAAUAAACAUGAAACUGCUGGUGAAGAUCAUCGGCUCCAAACUGGAAUACACACCCAGGAAGGUGCCUGAGGAGAAGGACGUCAUUGGAACAAACUCCCGUUUGUUUUCUGCAAUCCCUCGCCAUUUUCUGCCCGGCGUCAAGAGCCCCUGCUGGUACCAGGAGUUCUCGGGUGAGCUCGGCACGGAUCCCUACAAGGGGAACCAAUACGCUGUGCGCACAAAGAGUUUCGAGGCCGUGUGCGGCCUGCUGAGGGCCGACUUCCACAAGCACCUGCACCCCCGAGGGGGGAAACUGUUUCGUCUGCGCUGCUUGCCCUUCUUCUACAUCGUCGGCCAACCGAAGUGCGGCACGACGGACUUGUUCUACCGGCUGCGGCUGCAUCCAGAGGUCAAGUUCAACACCAUAAAGGAGCCGCACUGGUGGACCAGGAAACGCUUCGGUUAUAUCCGUUUCAAAGAUGGCUACCAGGAAAACUUUCCUCUGGAAGACUACCUGGAUCUGUUUGACUUGGCAGCCCACAACAUAGAAAAAGGAAUCAGUGGAAAUUCAUCUGGAGACCACCGCACACUCAUAACAGGUGAAGCCAGUGCAUCGACUAUGUGGGACAACCAGGCCUGGAGCUACCUCCACAAAGAGGAGCCCGAGCCCCCCUUCCUGGCCCAGGACGUCAUCCACACAGUCCAGCCCGGCGCCAAAAUCAUCAUCAUGCUUAGAGAUCCAGUGGAGAGACUCUACUCUGACUACUUGUACUUCAAGAUGGCCAACAAGUCAACUGAGGACUUCCAUCAGAAAGUCGUAGAGUCCGUGCAGCUGUUUCAGUCCUGCCUCUCUGAGAGGUCACUGCGAUCCUGCGCCUACAACACCAGCCUCUCCAACGCAAUGCCGGUGAGGCUAAAUUUGGGGAUGUACGUUGUCUUCUUGCUGGACUGGCUGACCGUUUUCCAUAGUGAGCAGAUUCUAGUUCUUCGCCUCGAGGACUACGCGGCCAACCUCCAGAUGACCAUCAAUAAAGUUUUUGAUUUCCUCGCAUUAAGUCCUCUUUCGGAGCAAAGGGAGGCAGCGUUGUACAAACGGCCCAAAUCCAACACCCGGCGGAGGGCAGACAGGAUCCUGGGACGUAUGCUUCCAGCCACCAGUGAGCUCCUCUGGGAAUUUUACCAACCCUUCAACCAUAAACUGGCCAGCGUGUUGCACAACAAAGACUUCCACUGGAGCAACACCCGAUGGGCCGCUAGCCUGCACGAGAAUGUGAAUGAAUGAAAAAAACAGAGCAAAUAGAAAUAAAUGUACAGUGGGAGAAUACACAAACCGGUGUAUAAUUACACGGGGUCGUAUGAAGGUCUGACUAAGUACGGGAUUUGUUGUUGAUAUUUGUGCGCUCAUGAACAAAUAUGACCGACUCAUCGAGUCAAAAUCAUAGUAAGAAAAUUAAGCAGAAUUUGGGUUUUAUAUUCUACACAUAUAAGAUAUUUCAAUACCAGCAGUUGAAGUGUUCAGAACUAUUUGGCCACACUGACCUAAUAAACCAUCAAGUAAAUGUUUUGGGUUUAGUCACAAGAGGGCACUAAAACACAAUAUAGCAGUCGCUUUAUAUCCAAACACUGCACUCCACAGACCAGCAGUGAGAUAAUGCAUAACAAAACAGCCAUUGCUGUUUAAGGUUAUUUUUUAAUUUCAUGUACAGUAUUAAAGCCCAAUGUGUAUAAAUAGCACAUGAUAAAAAAUGGAUAAAAAAAAACUUAGCAGGAAGGACUGCUGGGUGAUAUAUACUUAGAUUUAUCUGUAAACCGUUUUUUUUUUGUUUAUUUAUAUGUAUAUAAUUAGGUAUGGUUAUUGGUGUUGGUUCAUCGAGACGGCAACAAGUGGCGUCAUGUGAUAAACAGCGUCAAAAACUAGGUGUAAACAAGACAUUUCAGUUUGUUUCAUCUAUGAUCUGUGUGGAGAAGAGACUUGAGCACCGUUCUGUAAUUCUCACAGUAGAAAAGUCAUCCAGACUCCGGCGGCGACAUAUGGCCACAUACAGUAUGUGCUCUACAGGGUUGUCGAGGGUAGAAGGCAUCCCUCCAUUGUGACAUAACAUGUUGGAUUGUGUGUGUGGAUGUAUUUUCUGGAGCUAGAAUGAAGUGAGGGUCAAUUUAACACCCAUCAUUCGUCUCCACACCCAGUGUUCCGGUUUCAACAUCAUGUUCAUGGAGGAGAGACUAUCAAAGUAAGAGUGAAGUUUUGUCAAAUCUGGCUGGUCUUUGGGUUUCAUCAGAGCAGCGAAUGGUAAUAGUAACAACAAGAAAACAAUCUUUGUAAAAAGCUUUAUAAAUUGGGUAAAAGCAUAAGUGCUUUUACCAAUGGUCCAAACUUUGGAGUUGUCAUGGUUUCCAAAGUUCACCCUUCACGAUUACAUCAGCGCGUAAAAAACAGCCCACUUAUCAGCAGACUUUUCCAUUCCGACGACCAACGUCUGCGCUUCAUAGAGAACAUGUUUUGUACAGAUCUGUUAGUAGGAACUGUGGUACAUUCACCUUUUGCACCUCAAAGCUCCUUCGGUUUGGUUUGUGUUCUUCACUUUCCUCUAAUGGUUGAUUCUUCAGUGAAAAUAAUGUUAAUACAUAAUUAACAAAGUUUUAAAAGUCCACUGUGGUUGGUACAGAAUCAAGGCUUGUCUUUGGUCAGCAGGAGAAAAAGGACCUUGAUGACAAUGAUAUUGACGUAGAAAGUGAUUAAAAACAGCCAUAUGGGAAAUGGUGCAAAAAAAAGGUAGUUGGACGCAGGCGCACUGAGCAUCCUGUAUCAAGCAUGUGGGAUUUAAUUCUCAGCUGUACUGAGAACAACAAAUUGCAGACAUCUGGCACUAUGAUUCAGAUGAUACUCAUCCUAAUGAAUCCAAUUAUAUGACGGUCCAUCUCUACUCCAAUCAGACGGACGCACCAAAUCCGGAAUUAUUCUCAUCAUUGUGUUGCCACCAACAUUUUCAGAUUCACAUGGUCAUUUUUUAAUAAUGACGUUUACAACUUAUUGUUGCACAUCAAAUAACCUCUGCUAGCUAUGGAAUGCCUAAAAUGACAUGGCUUCAUUUUCCGGGAAUAGUUCCUCCGUACGGUUGAAAUGCAUCUUUCUGAUUUAGUUUGUGAGGUUAGGAAUAUGAACAUGCGUGAGUAGCUGAGGUCCUCUCGCCCUCGGCCACUUCAGAACAGCCUGGAUUCCAGCGCGUCACCAGCAGUUUAGUUCCAGAAAUAGCCAUGGAGAAGAUCCCAACUAUACGCAGUUGGUACCGAUCAACAACACUGCUGCUGAGGUCACCGGGACCCACGAACCCCUCCACCACGUUAAGGUGCUGAUUUGUUGUAGGAGUAAAUUAGAGAUGCUGUUUGUAUUAAAUUCUGACCUUUUCUUUGAUGGAGAUGUGCUAUUGAAAACAAAGGAAAAUGUGUCUCAGCGUAAACAUUACAUGACCUCAAUGAAAACGAUCGAUAAGAACACAAUGUGUGUUAGAUGCCAACAAACGGCACGAAGGGCCCUCAGUUGAAAGGGGUGAAUCAGAAAUGAGAAGGUCACUUUGGGUGAUGUCAUUGUGUUGUAAGAGUUACGAACUUACACGGAGCCCACACACCUGACCCCAUGUUGAGUCGGCCACAUGUCCUGACUGUGUGCGUUGGCAGCGUGUCCUCAUGGCCGCCCAUCAGCAGCAAAAACAGCCGGCUGCAUCUAAAAGCGGCAUGUUCACUUUCACGCUGGCGGAGAGAAACCUGAGUAAAAGAAUGAGAUAAAUCUCUGGGUACCGCCGGGCGCGGCGCAGCGGGAAUCAGUCAUGGUUGAACUCUGCUGUGACUUCAAUUUCAGUGAAAGGAAACUCAUUCUCGUUUGAUGGACAAUAGAGAGGCCCACUGCUGGGACUCGGGUACCUUUUUGUAACAAAGAAAUACACACAUGCUCCUCUGUAUGGCGCACAAUGUGCAAAGACCACGAGUGUCUACACCUCUUGAAUUAAAAUGUUCUAAAUAGU